GUGACAGCUGGAGUGUGGAAGUGGUGCUGACGGCGCAGGGCAGGAGCGUACAGGACAGGACGGGACAGGGCUUGAACCUGCAGAAUGGGCACAGUUUAGGAAAGGAAGGUUCACCAUUUUGGGACAAAACGACUGGUUUCCACACAAGCUGUGGCGUUUUUGUAAGAUAAAGCACGAUGCAUGACGUCAUAGGCUCUCCGUCGCCGUAGAUGAGGAGCAGGAGGAGCAGGACCAGAUGAUGUGGGACUCAUGGACAAGGUCUCCGGUACUGAUGCUGGUGCUGCUGCGGUGACAGUGUCUCCAAUGGACCGGGACCAGGAGCUCUGAUGGCUCCUCGCGGCCCGGGCUGGAAGGAGACACAGAGGGAAGCUUACAGCAGGUAUCUGGGAAGUGACGUGGUGUCCGCGCCCCACCAGGAAGCACCACGGUGCGACUCUCGUGUUUUUCACCGGAGGGCACGAGCGGCAAGGGGAACAUGGCCGCGCAGUCGGACGGUAAAGCCGGGGUUGGUUUCGCUCAGCUCUACGACGUCGACGCCGACGAGCCUCUGGAUUCGGCCGCCAUCCACAUCUGCCAGUGCUGCCGCUCGUCUGCUUGCUACUGGGGCUGCCGCUCCGCCUGCCUCGGCUCUCUCGGUGGCGGCCAGUCAGCCGCGGGAGUGGGCAUUCGGGAGACUCACUGCCCACCGCGGGAGCAGCUGUGGCUGGACUGCCUCUGGAUCAUCUUGGCCCUCCUGGUCUUCUUCUGGGACGUUGGCACAGACCUGUGCCUGGCUGUGGACUACUACCAGAGGCAGGACUACCUGUGGUUUGGCCUCACGCUCUUCUUCGUGCUGGUGCCUUCGGUUCUGGUCCAGAUUUUGAGUUUCCGCUGGUUUGUGCAGGACUACACUGGUGGGGGCCUCGGGGAGGUGGAGGGUCUCACAAAGCGGGGUUCGGUGGCUGUGGGGUGCCACUAUCCCGGCAGGGACCGCCUGCAGUUGGCCACCAUCUGGCUGUGGCAGGCCACCAUACACAUCCUCCAGCUGGGACAAGUGUGGAGAUACAUUAGAACACUGUACCUGGGCAUCAUGUCACGUCGUCAGAAGGAGCACCAGCGCCGCUGGUACUGGGCCAUGAUGUUCGAGUAUGCGGAUGUCAACAUGCUUCGACUGCUGGAGACUUUCCUGGAGUCUGCACCUCAGCUGGUCCUGCAGCUGUGCAUCAUGAUCCAGGAGAACCGCGCAGAGACGCUUCAAUGCAUCUCCUCCUUUGCCUCCCUCCUGUCUCUGGCUUGGGUCUUGGCCUCCUACCACAAACUACUGCGGGACUCACGUGACGAUCAGCGCAGCAUGAGCUACCGUGGAGCACUGCUGCACCUCUUCUGGCGCCUCUUCACCAUCUCUUCACGCGUUCUCUCGCUCGCCCUGUUCGCCUCGCUUUUCCAUAUCUACUUUGGCAUCUUUGUGGUGGUUCAUUGGUCUGCCAUGGCCUUCUGGGUGGUGCACGGGGGCACUGAUUUCUGCAUGUCCAAGUGGGAAGAGGUGCUCUUCAACAUGGUGGUGGGCAUCGUCUACAUCUUCUGUUGGUUUAACGUGAAGGAGGGCCAGACACGACAAAGAAUGAUUGCCUACUACACUGUGGUGCUGGCUGAGAACACCAUCCUCACCGGCCUGUGGUACACAUACAGGGACCCGGCGCUGACCGACUCCUACGCCAUCCCAGCGUUGUGUGGCGUCUAUCUGACAUUCGCCGGUGGCGUCCUGGUCAUGCUUUUGUACUACGGCUUCCUGCACCCUGCCACCGCUCACCUCCAGCCGAGCCCCGCCUCAUCCUGCUGCGCCCAGCUGCUUUGGGGGCUUCCUCUUCCCCCUUCAGCCCCACCCACUGCUCCGCCCACCCCUGCACACAUGACCAAGUCUCAGACGGAAGAAGAUGUGGCGGAGACUUGUCUUCCUGUCUUCCAGGUGAGAUCAGUUCCGCCCACCUCCAAGCCAGAGGGCCCACUUAUAAAGAUCGAUAUGCCCAGGAAGCGUUACCCAGCAUGGGAUGCUCACUACGUUGACAGGCGCCUGCGGAGGACUAUAAACAUCCUACAGUACAUCACACCGGCCGCUGUGGGCAUUCGCUACCGUGAUGGACCCCUGCUGUAUGAACUUCUACAGUAUGAGUCCUCACUUUGACACACACAUACACAUACACACCUUCAGAGAUGAGGAAGACACACAGUCGUACUUGUGUCAUACUUAAGCACAGAGACACUGAAGCAAUCUGGCACACUUUAAUGCACGCACAUUCACAAAAACACACAUUCCUUGCGGGCACCUUCAUCCUGAGAGUCUGUUGUCCAUGACUCAAGAUGACUCCAUUGAAACGUAUGCUUCUCUAUUUGCUUCAUAUCAAUGUUCAUUCCAAGUCGUUUACUGUCACUGAGUAAGAAGCAUAUUUCAUACCAGAUUAAUUUGCUUCUUGCUGUUUACAAUGCAUCACACACAAGAAAUGUAUAGGAACGCAAACAUUAAACGCCACCGGUGAGGCGCUAGGUCAUGGAAAGAAUAAUUGAUGUACAGUAAAUUACAAACAAAAUCCUUAUAAUUUGCAAUACUCCAAGGAAGAAAUCCUAUAACUAGAAGCAUGGAUCACGCAAGUUGGUAAAGAGGUCCUAAAAUCAGAAUAUGUUUCCAUAUCUUCCACACGUAAACAAAGCUAUAACAAAAUGUAAUUUAUAUUUAGGCCUAAUUUAUUAAACGACAAUGCUAGAAAAUGAGCAAAUAGAAAAAAUCAGCUCUGCAAUUUUAACAAGAGCAAAUGCAAGACAAUUGUUUUCUUCAUCUGUCUAGAUCCCAUCGACACAGCCAAUACCAACUCAUUCAGCCACCUCCAGCUCUGCUGUGUCAUAUGUUCCUCUCCUGUAAUCAAAACUGUUACAUUGGCAGGAGUCAAAACAUGAACAUCAUUGCUGAUUAUCAUCUCUUGAUCACACGUUGCUAGGGUGCUGUCGUAACGCCUCGUGACGACCACAACCUGGGAGGGUUUGCAUGGCGGGGGAAACGUCUUUGGCGUCAAACAGGGUAAAGUUUGUGUGUUUAGUGUUGCAAGUGGUGCAGUUUGACGAAGAUUUGUAUAAUUGCAUUCUAAUCCAUUUAGUUUCUUCUCCAAAUGUGUUGUGUCUUUGCACGAGAGUUUUUGCAAAGUAAUGCUGACAGUGAGCCUGAGCGAUGCUACUCUUUGUUUACAAUGACUACAACUGACCAAAAGUAUUCUGGUUUUUAAGUCUUUGAGACUGAAUGAUAGCUUGGGGUUUUAUUUAAAACCCCUACAAAAGCACUGAAAUAUUUGGAAAUUCCAAAUUUGUGAUCAUUGAUCCCCUGAUUGUAGUAUAUCACUCAUGCAGGACUUUUUCAUUACCUUUUUAUUUAUGUUAAUGAUCAUUAUUAAUGACACCAAGCGUGAUAAUCAUGACUUUUUAGCACCGAUUGGGUUGGAGAAACCACAUGGCUCCACUGCCUUAUAGUGAGCCAUGUUGUCUAUUAAAGUCACCAAAUUAAGGACUACAUUCUACUGGAAAGUUGAAGAAAUUCCAACUGAUUGAGUUCAAAUUAAAACUACCAAUGUAGGAGUCGGUUCACAUUACAUUCAAUGGUGCUGCAGUUCAUUUGCUGCCAACAACCAGUCCGAACACUCAAUAAAGUCAUGCCAUCGAUUGGCUGCUACUCCCACGUAAUAUGGUGCAAAUAUGUGACACACACAAAUAUGCGUCAUUAUGGUGCAAAAAGGGCAGAUUGUCUUUUUUUAAAUGAUAUGGUGCAACUUGAUUACUGCCUUUUAGUUAGUGGCCACACGGCUGCAACCACACGGACCACUGCUAUGCAACUCUCCCAUGCUGGGAGAUGUGCUUAGUUAACACACAAAACGCACACAACCGUUUUGUCCUGUGCUGCAGGGUUGUUAGUUAGUUCAGGCACACAGUGAAAAGUCAUGUCAUAAUAAUAAUAACAGGGGAUGUAUCCCUACCUCACCACUUGAACACCCACUCGUACAUGCCCAUUCAUCUCUGUCCCCUUUCGGAGAAGACUCACAUGGUGCUAUCAAGUGAAGAUGGGUGGCUUUUGUAUCAUCGUAGUGACUGUGUGAUGGGGAUUGUAUGCGUAUACUGUAUGCUUAAUGUGCCAAAGCAGUAACACUCUCUGACACAUGCCUUACCCACUCGACAGGAGUGGAUGUGGAUGCUUUUUACCUGCAAGAGAACAUCCAGAGGGUGUUGGUGCUACACGUUCACAUGGACAUGCACUGUACAGUCAGCAUGUGUGUGAACUUAGUAUACCGUGCCAUGUAAGAUGAACACAGCCAGGAUGCUUAGUGUGUAUGUGUCAGAGAUUGUGGAUUUCUUCUUAGCUUUUUUUGUGUUCGCGAGUGCUACAUUCACAUCCACGGGAGCUGUCCUGCUGGCUCAUCACACCCAACAAUCCUACUGCGCAAUCACACAGCAGGCAUUUCACACGCAAAUCAGGUCAGACAUUACCAGAAAAUACUAUAUCAUCAUUUAUAUGGUGAUAUUAAUGCUAUAAUGAAAUUUACAUACAGUUAAGUCCAAAUGAUUUUGGACAGCAAUUACUGUGGUACCUUGGUUUUCAUUAUUAAUUUGUUUUAAAAGGUUUGAAAAUAAUGUAAAUCCUAUUAAUCCAUUCCAGAUACUCCAAAUAUUAAGAAAAAUGUGCAUGGUUGUUUAUGCGGACUUUCUGUCCAUUCCAGCGAGAUCGAAUUUAAUAGUGUUUCUCACCUUUUAUCAAUUUGCUGGCACAUGCAACUUUGUUUGGUCCCAUGACGGGUUAUUUAACAUUAAAUGCUUUAAAAACUUUCUUUGGCUUCCAUGAUCAGUGGAAAAGUAGAGACUUUUAGCUGAGAAACACUACUGAAUUCAAGAAAUCAAUCACAUCAAAACACAAAGGGUGUGGCUGUCGGAUCUUGCUUCCACAUUGUGUCUUUGGCAACAAUCAGGUCUUCACUGUCGGAAAAUUAACCUAAAAAAAUAUAUAUAACCUUAAAUUUAUACAUUUAUUUAUACAUUUCAUUCAUCAAAAAUGUGUAUUUUGAAGUUUUUUCUGUAGGUAAAACCGCUAAAAUGUGUUUUUGCUUUCUGGAAUUGAUUAAUUGGAUUUAUAUGAUUUCUUAUGUGCAAAACGUUUUGGUUAGAGUUGGAUGUUCUGGAACGGAUUAAUUAAUCCUGAGUAUUGAUGAUUUUCCUUUAGUACACCACCACAAUGGAGUGAAAUAAAAUAAACAAGAUGUAAUUGAAGUGUAGACAUUACUGAAGAGGUUUCUCAAAAUAUGGCAUAACGAUUGUGAAUAUAAUCACUGACUAUCUAAUACAGCACUUGAAUAAAAAUACUUUGCAAGCAAUGAUCUGCAAAGUCUGGACUGCAUGGACAUCACCAAAUUCUAAGGUUUCUACCCUGUAGGUGUUUGUUAAAGCAAGAGAACAAAUGAAACCUUUGCUUAGUUAUUACUCUACAUACACUAGCCUACCUCCCCAUCCAUUGCUCAUCCAAUGCAGUCUAGAUGCAUUCACAGACUUUAGUUGAGUUGGACAUUUCACAUUCUUUUCGAAUGCACAUGUCCCUUACGCCCCCUGCUUCCGAGCCGCGGGUUGCCGACCCCUAUGAUAGACACUGAGCUACAAUGUUCAUUUUGGAUUCCAUGGUGAUGGCCUUUAUUAUCUACUCCGUGUAGCUUGACUGUAUUCAUCGCUGGAUGCGAAUGUUUUCUUCCGACUGGGUUGGCUUUAACCUUUUCAAAGCACAAAAUCACAUACGCAUCCUUCAAUUUCUUCUUCCAUGGAAAAAGCUUCAAUUAUCGUCUACACUUCUUGAAUUGUUUUAUUUCAAAUCCAUUGUUGUGUCAAUGAAGGAAACACGAAUAAACAAAAAGCUUGUCCUUGUGGACCGAAGUGUAUAUGUCCCACUUUGCAUGUGUGGUGCUCAGACUUGAUUGUAGCCUCAGGUAUCUCCUCCUUAUCGCUUUUGUUUCGCUACACGCAAAUCUGCGGCAUUGCACAUGGAAAGUGCCCUCCUGUUGUUGUUUUGCUGCUGCUGUUGUAUGGCUUCACAUUCACAGCUAUGCAAUGUGCACCUUAGCACCAUUACUUUUCUCCAUGAUAGUUUCGUUUUUCAGUUUGCCCUUGAACAAUGCUUUUACUUUCUUGUCCUUGAGUUGUUGUUUUUUGCAUUUGGAGAUCAUAUUUUUAUAAUUGACUACUUUUGAAUGUUUGCAAAUGAGUCGGGGGAUUGUUUUAACAUGACUUUAGGAACAAGCGAGGAAUGUGAAUACUUAAUCGUUCCAUCAUCAGGGUUUGCAGAGCAUAUGAGACUAAUGUUAAGGUUAAUGCUAAGGUUAAUGUGGAUUAACUGUGUGUGUAACUCACAGGUUUAUAAGCCAAAUGUUUUCUUUUUGGGUGGGGGGGGGGGCACCGUACUUGUGAAAGUUACUACGGAGUAUUAGGGCCACACUGAAAAAAAAUCGGACAUUUUGAUAAUAAAGUUGUUAACUUAGGAGAAAAAUGUGUAUAUUUGUGAGAAAAAUAUUACAUUUGCCUAAGGCCAAAAACCACAUAAGUCUCCCCCCCCCCUCCAUAGCUGUCUCAGGCAAUGCUAACCUGUUUGUGGUCACAUUAUAAAUAAUGUAUAUUUACAGUUUUAUUCUCAAAAUCUCCCAUUACUUUUUUUUUUGCAGGGUUGCCCUAAUACGCCCUUGUAGAAAGUAUUAUCACCCAUCAUAGUUUAAUAUGGUGCCAUGAUUUUUUUUUCAGCGGUGUUCAGCUUGAAAAGACGUACUGUAGCUGUAGCAACUGUGCUAAAAAUGUGCGUUUAAUUUCUUCUUGUGGCAGUUUUGAUUGUAAAUAUCCUUUUUCUGUGAACUCUCCUUAGUUUGCUUUGCUCAAUGUUGGCUGAGUUUACUUAUCCAGUAAACGGCUCAUUCCGAGACUAGUAAAUGUUCUCUAUAGUAAAUAUCCAGAAUGUAAGGUGAGAGAAGAGAAAUACAGUUGUUUUUUCUAGGCGUCUGUGCCACUGUGUUGUCCUGACUAGAAGCACAAUGAUAGAUGAUACAGUUAUCUGUAGACAGGAUCAGAGAACUGUUUGGGCAGGUUUCUGCAAAAGCUGCAUUUUUUUUGUUUGCUUAUCAUUAAGCUUGCUUAGCAUAUUGAACAGCUUGCAAAGUUUUGGUAAUGCAACGUUAAUUUUCAUGCAUUAAAAAGGUGAGAGUCAAUCCAGGAAGCAACUGGUUGCCGGGAAGGAGGAGGAGUCGCCUAAACUCACACCAAAUGUCUCAGUGGAAACAUGAGAGACACGAGCAUAUGCCGUGUAUCUCUGCUUUCUUUGUUUAUUGUUUGUCUACAGUAGUGUCUGGGAAAAGAGUCAAAUAUUUUCACAAACGGCUGGAAAAUGUUUUAUUUUUCUUACAAUACCUCCUGAAUAAUAAAAGUCUAUUUAUCUGAAGAGGCAAAGAUUUACAAUGAUGCCAAACACGACAUAGAAAUGAGUCAUUUUAAAUGUUAAAACAUAUGAAAACAAACACAAUAGAGAAAUGUAUGUCAGUAUUGAUUUUAUAUAUUUAACUUUUGUUACAUUGUAUUAUUGUGACUGCCAUGGAGAGAAAAAAAUCUAUAUAA